UUCGUUGCUUUCAUCGCCGUCGUGUCGCAGGUUUCUUCACUUUUGAAUUUUGAAAACAUGGCGUAUGUAGCAAUGAAGCCCACGAAGGCUGGUUUGGAAGAGCCACUCGAGCAGAUUCACAAGAUCAGGAUCACACUCUCCUCCAAGAACGUCAAGAACCUUGAGAAAGUGUGUGCUGAUUUGGUUCGUGGAGCCAAAGACAAGAGACUCAGAACGAAAGGACCAGUGAGAAUGCCCACCAAGGUUCUUAAGAUCACUACCCGUAAAGCUCCUUGUGGUGAAGGAACUAACACGUGGGAUAGAUUCGAGUUGAGGGUUCAUAAGCGAGUGAUUGAUCUCUUCAGCUCUCCUGAUGUGGUGAAGCAGAUCACUUCCAUCACCAUUGAACCUGGUGUUGAGGUCGAGGUCACCAUCGCCGACUCUUAGAUUUCUUUUUUUGUUUUCUGCAAAAAAACAAUCUCUUACACUUCUGUCUCUUGGGUUGAACUGGUGUUAACCAAUGUUUUGUUGUAGUGAAACUUAGCUCAUGUGUUUUCUUAGUUGAAAGGAGAUUUUGUUUUGUCCAGCCUUCAUUUUCAUCUAUCAAAGGAUUUGAUCA